AUGGCUGCCUACGCGGCAAAUGAGAAACUAAUGAUGCAUAGCUUCCAAGACAGUCUAAGUGGGGCAUCCCUAGACUGGUACAUGCAGCUGGAAAGAACCCAUGUCAAGACUUGGGAGGACCUAGCUAAUGCCUUCUUAAGACAAUACAAAUAUAAUUUGGACAUGGCUCCCAAUCGCAUGCAACUUCAGAAUCUUUCCCAAAAGGGCAAUGAACCCUUCAAAGAGUAUGCCCAACGGUGGAGAGAACUGGCCUCCCGCGUACAACCUCCACUUUUGGAGAACGAGUUAGUUGACAUGUUCAUGGGCACCCUGCAAGGCCCUUACUACAAAAAAAUGAUCGGUUCUGUAUCCACUGGAUUUGCUGACUUAGUGAUAAUUGGGGAAAGAAUUGAGAAUGGCUUGAAAAGUGGUAAAAUUGGAAAACCAUCCUCAAAUCAAAAUAGUAACAAAAGGUACUCCAACAAUAACAAUUCAAAGAAAGGUGAGACCAACGUUGUCGCAAUCGAAGGGAAUUCUCGGGUGUCUUACAAUCCUUAUGUUGCUUCAGUAGGCCCUAAUCAAUAUCCACAACCGGCAUACUCUAGGCCUCAAACACAACAGGCAAGAGCACCGCCUCAACCAAAUCAACAAAAUGGGUAUGCACGGAGGGAUCAGCAAAGGCCGUGGAAGGAAUUCGAUCGCAUACCUACAACCUAUACUCAGGUCUUACCAUAUUUAAUUCGAAAGGGAUUGGUAGAGAUUAAACCUCUAGCACCUCCGCCAAAUCCGCUUCCACGUGGUUAUGAUGCUAAUGCCAGGUGUGACUUUCAUGUCGGAUCUCCAGGGCAUACUACUGAGAAGUGUUUGGCACUCAAGUUCAAGGUACAAGACUUAUUAGAGCGCAAGAUCAUCUCUUUCACUCCAGAGGGUCCAAAUGUGAAGGGAAAUCCAAUGCCAGGACACGAUGAUCCAACUAUUAAUGCGGUAGAAGAACUAGACAACACCGUUCCGACCCAAAUGGUAGAUCAUGUGAAAACUCCCAUUUCAAAGACACAUGAAAAAUUGAUCGGAUACAAGGCAUUCGAAGAGUUACAUGCUAACUGUAAAAUCUGCCUCGUCAAUCCAGACACUUGCGGGAAGAUGAAAGAGUGUCUCCAACGAAUGAUGAAUGAUGGUUUGGUUCAAAUAGGGUAUACCAGAAAGCUAGAAGAGGUUUCAUUCAUAGAAUCUCAAGGACACACACCUUUUGAGAUCCCCUACCAGCAAGUGGAAACCUCAACACCAUUUCAAAUACCAUUUCAAGUGUCGUCCCAUACAUCAGUAUGUAUACCAGUUCCAAUUCCAUCUCAAGUUCCAUUUCAAAUACCAGUGAAGUCAGAGGACCCUAUUGUCUUUCAUGUUCCUGCACCGUUCCCAUUUGAAAGCACUAAGUAUGUACCUUGGAAUUACAACUCUACGGCAUAUGUAGGAGGCAAACCUAUAGUGCUAGAACCAGUAAUCACUAAUAUUGCUGGAAUUGGGGGCAUGACCCGGAGUGGUAGAGUGUUUUCUCCAGGGCCACAAAUGAAAGAAAAGACACCAGAAAGUUCAAAAUAA